UUCCUUUUCAAAGAAAUCACACAUCCAAACAGAGACUAAAGUAUUAUCCUCCCUGCACACAAAACCACCCAUAUAAGUACCCAUUUCCAACCUGGAUCCCCUUGUCCAAAUCCACUUCGCUCCCAAUCCCUAAACGGGUCGGUUCCAUUUCUCUUCAUCGCGCGAUAAUCGCUGCCCCCUUUGAUUACCCGUGAGUCGGUGACUUGUGUUUGAUUAUUUUUGGGAAAACCUAGCUGCUAUAAGCAAGGAGGUGGUGGGGACUUGAAUCACUUGAUUGCUUGGUAUGUGUCGAUUUGUUGCCGAUGCCUUUUGAAUUCGCGGUGUGGCUGACCGAGUCUUGUAUUGGGCCGUGGCAAUCGGAUGUGUAGUCAGUGAAGCUAACCCUCAUUUGAAUUCUUGAUUUGCCAUGGGGUUGAUAUGUAAUGGAGUGGCAAUAUGCUUGCUUCGCAACGAUAAACUUGUAAUGAAUUUAUACAUGACUUGAGGGAUACAAGCACCAAAUGAAUGAAUUAAGAGAAGACAGCAUAAGUGAUAUCUAAAGUAUUUGAGAAGACAGAUCCCAAUUCUUUCCUGUGACCCCCUAGUAUAGAUAUAUGGGCUGAAGUGUGCUUUACAUGGGAGGUGUAGAGGAUGAUGAACCACCAUCGAAGCGUGUGAAGGUGACCUCUGUAGAUUCAGGGGGUAUUUCAAACAGUUUAUACCUUAGACAGAGAGGUUGCUCAUUUAGUGACUCAAUGGCUCGGCUUUUGGCAAUUGAGGGGGAUGAUGAGGUUGUUGGUUCAAAAGGUGUCAUAAAGAAAGUCGAGCUUGUUCGUGUUAUAGCCGAGGCAUUGUAUUCACUUGGCUAUUCAAAGUCAGGGGCAUGCCUAGAGGAAGAGUCUGGAAUCCCCUUUCAUGCCCCUGAGAUAGAUUUGUUUAUGCGUCAUAUUCUUGAAGGUCAAUGGGAUGACAGUGUUUCCGUGUUGCACAAAUUUGGUGUAAUAGAUGAAACAUUAACUAAGCUAGCAUCUUUGGUAAUAUUUGAGCAGAAAUUCUUUGAACUUUUAGAUGAUGGAAAGAUCAUGGAUGCUUUAAAGACGCUGCGGACAGAGAUCACUCCACUUUGCAUCAAUUAUGAGAGAGUUAGAGAGCUGUCUUCCUUCGUUUUGUCUCCAUCACAAAAUUUACUCGAUGGAACUUCUAGUAAAGGGUCAAAACUCGAAUCUCGUAAAAAGUUACUGGAUAAAUUGCGCAAGUUGCUUCCCCCAACAGUGAUAGUUCCGGAGAAAAGAUUGGUGCAUCUUGUCGAGCAGGCCCUUGUCUUGCAAAAGGAUGCAUGUAAGUUUCACAAUUCCUCGGUUGGGAAAAUGUCGUUGCUUGCUGAUCAUCAGUGUGGGAGAGACCAUAUUCCUACACAAACAUUGCAGGUAUUACAAGAACACAAUGAUGAAGUAUGGUUUUUGCAAUUUUCUCACAAUGGAAAAUACUUGGCCUCGUCAUCUGGGGAUCGCCUUGUUAUUAUAUGGGAGGUCAUGGAUGAUGGUCAAGUUUCUUUAAAACAUCGAUUAUACGGUCACCAGAAACCUGUAUCCUGUAUAUCGUGGAGCCCCGAUGAUAACCAACUCCUUACAUGUGGAGUAGACGAGCUAGUUAGACGAUGGGAUGUUGCCUUAGGGGAAUGCCUCUAUACAUACGAGAAAAGCGGUCUUGGUUUGGUCUCUUGUGCGUGGGCGCCGGACGGGAAGAGCGUCUUUUCCGGUGUUACCGAUAAAAGCAUCAGCAUGUGGGAUCUGGAAGGAAAAGAGUUGGAAUGUUGGAGAGGGCAGAGAACUCUUAGGAAUGCGGACUUGGGCAUCACUAGUAAUACAAAAGAGCUUGUUAGCGUUUGUAAAGAAACCGUGAUACUAUUGUUCGGAUGGGAGUCUAAGUCCGAGCGAUUCAUCGAGGAGGAUCAGAUAAUAACUUCGUUCUCUUUGUCUGAAGACGGCAAGUUCUUGCUCCUCAGCCUCUGGAACGAAGAGCUUCAUCUUUGGAGUAUUGAGGGAUGCCCCAGGCUGGUAUCUAAAUACAAAGGUCACAAACGCUCGCGUUUCGUUGUGCAGUCUUGCUUCGGGGGAUUAGAGCAUGCAUUUAUUGCCAGCGGUAGCGAGGACUCGCAGGUUUACAUAUGGCACCGGCUCUCGGGAGAGCUCAUUCUAACGCUAGCUGGGCACACCGGGGCUGUAAACUGCGUCAGCUGGAAUCCGGCGAACCCCCAUAUGCUGGCAUCAGCGAGCGACGAUCGGACGAUACGAAUCUGGGGACUGAAUCAGGUUAAUAUGAACUACAAUGGGAGGCAUAGUAAUGGAGUUCAUCACUGCGACGGAGGGAGUUGAAGUUGGAAGGGAAAAUGCUCUAAUUUCUUCUUAGUCAUUGCUUUUUAUGUAAGUUCUUUUGCUUAAAUGUUUAAUCCAAACUAUAACACAAGAUGAAUGUGAAUUUGCAUCCAAUGUGAUAAUAAUAUCUAGCUCUCUCACUUUCCUUCA